AUGGCAGUGACUAACUUACUGGAACAGAAUGAAAGACAUUUCGAAGCAAGCAUACAUAGCAUUUCCAAAACCAAAAUCAUCUUCAUAGUAGCAUUAUUCAUACUAUCGUUGUCGUCAUUUGUGUUGCAGACAGAAUUCACCUCACAGGCAUACAAGUUGAGAUUCAGCGAACCAAUCUUGUUGCUAACAGUGACCCAUGGUUCAUGGUGGAUAUUGUGGCCUAUACAGGCCAUCUUUGUAAGCUUGGCCCGCACUUUCUACGGCCGUGCUGGAUACAAGAAGAAAUCGGCCAAAGUCGCCAAUGUGCCGGGUGCAACAGCGCAAUACCAGAGACUAAGCUCGAAUCUGGGGUUGUUGGAAGAAGCGCCAGAGGUGGAAGUACAGACGAUACCUUUGCAAAAAGUCGGCACGUGGCUGUAUUUCAAGAAAUGCAUCGUUAAACAGUUUCAUAACGUCUACCACACGGCUAUAUUGAUCUACGAGGCCAAUGUCCACGACAACACCUCCACCACCAGUUUGAACCAGGUCAUUGAAAGAAACGUCCACAUUUCGGGCUCGGCCUCGAUCCUGGCUUGUAUUUACGACUUUGUAAGGACGCCGGCAAUACGGUACAUUGCCCAGCGGGCAUUGUUGAUCACGGUGGUUCUCACUGUGGCUGGUUUUACCUGGUACGGUGCCAUGAGCAUGACUUAUGCCGCGGACGUCACCGCCAUCUACAACUGCUCGGCAUUCACAGCUUAUGCCUUUGCCAUACCAAUCUUGCGCGAAAAGUUCUCCUGGUUGAAAAUCAGCUCGGUUGCCAUUGCGUUGGCCGGAGUGUUUGUCGUUGCUUAUUCAUCGAGCGAGGAUGGCCAAGUUGAAAAGAAAGACGACGCAGGCAAAGAUCCGUACCCUUACAGAUUUUGGGGCAAUGUCAUUAUUUUCUUUGGUGCUAUACUUUACGGUCUUUACGAAGUGCUAUACAAAAAGUUCCUCUGCGUGCCGGAACACUUGGCCAAGAUCAUCACCCCAAGAAGACAGCUGACUUUUUCCAACUUUGUAAUGAGCUUGAUGGGUGCAUUCACUUUGUUGAUCUUGAUCACGUUGAUCAUUGUCCUUGAAGUUUUCCACAUUCACAAGUUUAACUUUUUCGAUUACGGCGAAAACACCCAUCGCAUUUGGACAUACAUUGCAGUCUCAAUUUUCGGCAACUUGAUGUUUAGUGCUUCGUUUUUGUCCUUGAUGGCCUUGACUGGCCCAGUCUUGUCUUCAGUCAGUGCAUUAACCACGAUUUUUGUCGUGGGGGUAGUCGAGUGGUUGAUUUACGGCAAUGCGCUAGAUUUCCAGCAAAUUGUUGGUGAUUUCUUGGUCAUUGUUGGUUUUGUAGCAUUGACUAUCGCGUCAUGGAAGGAAAUCAGUGAAGGUAACGAAGAUGACGACGUUGAAGCUGUUAGUACUUAUUCUUUACCAAUGAGUACUGACGGUACUCGUUAA